CUCAGUUACGCAUGUGUUGCGAUAACUCGCACUGUAUAUAAGCUGUUCCUGAAAAACAAACACAUUUUUAAAGAAAUACGCAAAUAAUUUUAUACAACGUGUCGUCCAUAUUGUUAUAUAACACUGAUAUCAACAUGGAUUACGAUUUUUCUAACAAAGUGGUCCUAAUAACAGGUGCAAGUGCUGGUAUAGGCGAGUCCACUGCCCUCCUGUUCGCUAAACUUGGCGCGAAGCUGUCGCUGGUGGGAAGAAAUGAAGCCAACUUGCGAGCAGUCGCCGCCGAGUGUGAGAAGAAGAAGGGCGUGAAACCACUGGCGAUCGUCGCGGACCUGGGGACUGAUGAAGGGAUCCAGAAGACUGCCAAGGAGACCCUUGAGCAUUUUAAGAGGUUGGAUGUCUUGGUGAACAAUGCUGCCGUGGGUGCCCGCACCACUAUCCUGCACGAGACUGACAUGAAGAUCUUCGACGACGUGUUCAGGAUCAACGUGCGCGGCGUAUACCUGCUCACCAAGCUGCUGGCGCCAGCACUCAUCGAAACCAAGGGAAAUAUCAUCAAUGUCUCCAGCGUAUCAGCUACUAUGGUAGCAUUGGGCUCCUUGCCGUACGGAAUGGCAAAGGCGGCUCUGGACCACUUCACUCGCCUAGUGUCUCUCGAGUUGGCUCCAAAGGGCGUCCGAGUCAACGCAGUCAGUCCAGGAAUGACUGUUUCAAGCUUCGUGAAGCGUUUAACAGGCUCCACUGACGAGGAGUAUCAAGCGUGGUUGGCAGCUACCAGUAAACAUAUUCCCAUGGGAGAGCCAUGCGUCGGAGACGACAUCGCCAAGAUGAUCGUGCACGUUGCUAGCGAGCAUAGCAGGCUGGUCACAGGGACGAUAGUGGAGGUGGACGGGGGAAUGAGGUUCGGCAACUUUUCGAAUGCGUUUAGUUCGCAAGCUAAGUGAAUUUUGAGAAGCGUCUGAACAGAUCCUGUAUUAUCCAAUAUGUUAUGUUUGUUGUAGUUACCCAAUGUAUCUACCUAUUAAAUAACUCGUUAGACCUGA